AUGCCUACAGCCGGGCGUACAAUAUUAAUAUGUGCUAACCUGAAUAUUCAAUCAUUCAAGACUUCACAAUUACAAACAAAAUUGAGAAUAUCAAUGAAUGAUUUAAAGGAAAUAAUUACCGAAUAUAAUUUUAGUAGAAUUCCAGCAAUAACACAAUGGGUUAGUUAUAGAACAAACUUAAGUUGUCAAUUAUUGUCAAAUCCAAGUCAAUAUUUACCAAAUGAUGAGCUUAAAAUUUGUUGUACAAUAAGCAUGUCAACAAAACCAACAAAUAUUUAUUUUGAUAUAAUUUCAACUGUUAAUAAAACACCAAAACUGAGUGUCGACUGGAAAAAACUUUUGUUAAGUGAGAAAUCAGCUGAUGUUACCAUUAAAGUGGGUCAAAAAUCAUUUCGUGCAAUCAAAGGAAUUCUUGCAGUACGUAGUCCUGUUUUUGCUGCAAUGUUUGAUCAUGAACAAUUUGAAGAAAAUAAAAAAAAUGAAGUUGUCAUUGAUGAUAUUGAUGAAGAUGUUUUUGAAGAAUUUUUACAUUAUAUUUAUACUGAUGAAUCACCAAAUGUUGACAAAAUGACAAUGGAACUACUUGCUGUUGCUGACAAAUAUCAGGUGGAUUGUCUUAAAAAUAUUUGUGAAGAAAUAAUUUGCAAAACGAUAAAUGUUAAUAAUGCUGCAAAUAUACUUGUUUUUUCUGAUAAAUAUAAUCUCGAAAAACUGGAUAAAAAAUGUUUAGAAUUUAUCAAAAAAAAUUUACAAGCUGUUUUGUCAAAUAAGAGGUUUCAAGUUUACCAAAAAAAAUAUCCUGAAAUUUUUGUAGGUGUUCUUCAGAAGUUGCUGUCGUCAGCGAAAUCAGUUACUUACAAUUAA